AUAUGGACCUCACGCAAGACUCGGCAAGCAACUCGCUACAACAAGCACCAAGGAUUCGACUUUUCGACAUCUGAAGAUCCAUAACCCUGCAUAUUCUUACGCGAACGCAUCACUACUCACUCUAGGCAGCGGGUAUAACUUGCCUGUUCAGAACCAUGGAAGAUGAUGUCGCCACAGACUCCAUGAGGAGUCCGAGGCCCCUGACCGUGGUCAUUAAGCUGGGAACCAGCUCCAUCGUCGAUGAAGAGACACAUCAGCCUCUCCUAUCGGUCCUUACCUUGAUCGUCGAGACAGCGGUCAAGCUGAAGAAUGACGGACACAGGGUCAUCAUUGUCUCCUCCGGCGCCAUUGGCGUUGGUCUCCUCCGCAUGGAACUGGAAAAGAGACCAAAAUACCUGGCCGGACUUCAGGCUCUUGCGGCCAUAGGUCAGUGUAGGCUCAUUAGCCUCUGGGACAGUCUUUUCAGUCACUUCCGGCAGCCUGUGGCACAGAUCUUGCUCACAAGGAACGAUAUUGCGGAUCGGUCGAGAUAUUUGAAUGCCCAAAAUACGUUCAAUGAGUUGCUCGACCUCGGCGUCAUCCCAAUUGUCAACGAGAACGACACACUCGCCGUAUCCGAGAUCAAAUUUGGCGACAAUGACACCCUCUCUGCCAUUACUGCCGGCAUGGUUCAUGCCGACGUCCUCUUCCUGAUGACCGAUGUUGAUUGCCUUUACGACAAGAACCCCCGACUGCAUCCUGACGCCAAGGCGAUCGAAAUUGUGGACGACAUUUCACAGCUCGAAGCGGAUGUCUCAACCGCGGGCUCUGCUCUCGGCACCGGAGGCAUGUUGACCAAGAUCGUGGCAGCUCGUCUGGCUACGUCAGUCGGUGUCACCACCAUCAUCACCCGCUCCUCUAACCCCGGGAACAUCGUCAAGAUUGCUCGCUACGAACACGCCCAACGCAACAUUGCGCGUCUCAACUCAGUCGCAUAUUCGGAUGAUAGUAAUCACGAGGAUCUCCUAUCCCAGUCCACCGCAUCCCUACGCCUAGACCGGCUCGAGAAGCCGCCGUUGCACACCUGCUUCCUUCCUUCCUCGGAGCCUAUGCGUGAUAGGCACUUCUGGCUCCUUCACACCGUCAGACCCAACGGUACCGUCUUCAUCGAUGGCGGGGCCUACAACGCCCUACUCAAGAAGGCGGGCUUGCUCCCUGCUGGCGUCGUCGACAUUGAGGGCACCUUCUCACAACAAGAAGCCGUUCGGAUUGCAGUCGUCGAUAGGCUGCCUAUGGCGGCCCCGGAUGGCCGGCUCUGGACCGGUACCCCGCUAGAGGUAGGCCGGGCCAUCGUCAACUACGCCGCCCACGAGGUGGCACGCAUCAAGGGGCACCAGAGCUCCGAGAUCAGGAGCUUGCUCGGAUACGCAGACAGCGAGUACGUCAUUGAGCGGCAGCACAUCAAACUGUUCGCCAGGGACAGCCAACCGCCGACUCCCACUGCGGAGUUGGUUAGAGAGCAGACCGACGGUCUCAUUGUAGGGAUCACAGGGUAUGAAUUGAAGUCUGCUGUCAUGUAGCGAGCGAUCAGACGCUUUUGUCAUUUCGUAGAUCAUUGGUUAUGUUCGAAGGACUCUUUCUUUUGUCGCACUCUUUUCUUCAGAUCGAGGAACGCAAGCUCGUGUGGCGAUCAAGCCACCGACGCCUGGUUGAGCGGAUUCCCCCUUGGUAUAUACGUGGUCACUUUGCCGCACAUGCUUUGCCAUCUACUCAGAGCACAGACAUAACGCCAACA